UCGGAACUCCUCGGCCCCGCGCCGGCCCGGCUAGGGGCUGCCCGGAGCGGAGUCGGCGGUGAGCGAGAAGACGGCGAGCGCUCCCAGAUUCAGAAUGAAUAGUGAGCAGGUGGCACUGGUGGGCCAAGUGUUCGAGUCCUAUGUUUCGGAGUACCAUAAGAGUGACCUUGUCCUCAUCUUGAAGGAAGCUGAUGAGGAUGGCCACUACCCAGUGGUGGUGAAUGCCAUGACACUUUUUGAGACCAACAUGGAAGUUGGGGAGUAUUUCACUGCGUUCCCCAAAGAAGUACUGACUGUGUUUGAUAGUGCCCUGCAAAGGUCAGCCAUGACAGUUUUCCAGUCCCUUUCUCAUCAGGAGGGUGUAUCCAUGAAGCACAAUCUUCAUGCCAGGAUAUCAGGUUUGCCGGUCUGUCCGGAGCUGGUGAGGGAGCACAUCCCUAAGACCAAGGACGUGGGACACUUUUUAUCUGUCACUGGAACAGUGAUUCGAACAAGUCUGGUGAAAGUCCUGGAGUGUGAACGGGAUUACAUGUGCAACAAGUGCAAACACACAUUCGUAGUCAAGGCUGAUUUUGAGCAGUAUUACCUCUUCUGCCGGCCAUCCUCGUGUCCCAGCCUGGAGAGGUGUGAUUCCUCGAAAUUCACUUGCCUUUCAGAUUUGUCUUCAAAUCCAGCCAGGUGUAGAGAUUACCAAGAAAUCAAAAUUCAAGAACAGGUUCAAAAGCUAUCUGUUGGAAGUAUUCCUCGAUCUAUGAAGGUCAUCCUAGAAGACGACUUAGUAGACAGUUGCAAGUCUGGGGAUGACCUCACCAUCUAUGGGGUUGUGAUGCAGCGCUGGAAGCCCUUGCAGCAAGAUGUGCGCUGUGAAGUGGAGAUAGUCCUAAAAGCCAACUACGUGCAGAUAAAUAAUGAGCAGUCCUCUAGGAUCGUCAUGGAUGAGGAAGUCCGAAAGGAGUUUGAGGAGUUUUGGGAGUGCUACAGAGGUGAUCCCUUUGCAGGAAGGAACGAGAUACUGGCCAGCCUAUGUCCGCAGGUGUUCGGGAUGUAUCUGGUGAAGCUCGCUGUUGCCAUGGUCCUGGCUGGUGGGAUUCAGAGGACUGAUGCGACAGGAACGAGGGUCAGAGGUGAAUCUCAUCUUCUGUUGGUUGGAGAUCCUGGCACCGGCAAAUCUCAGUUCCUCAAAUAUGCAGCCAAGAUUACUCCAAGAUCUGUGCUGACUACAGGAAUUGGAUCUACCAGUGCAGGUCUGACGGUGACUGCUGUGAAAGACUCAGGAGAGUGGAAUCUGGAAGCCGGGGCAUUGGUGCUUGCAGACGCAGGUCUUUGCUGUAUAGAUGAGUUCAACAGUCUCAAAGAGCAUGACAGAACCAGCAUUCAUGAGGCGAUGGAGCAGCAAACCAUCAGUGUUGCAAAGGCUGGCCUUGUAUGCAAGCUGAACACCAGGACCACCAUCCUGGCAGCCACCAACCCCAAAGGCCAGUACGACCCCCAGGAGUCCGUGUCCGUGAACAUCGCCCUGGGCAGCCCGCUCCUCAGUCGGUUUGACUUGGUCCUAGUUUUGCUGGAUACCAAGAAUGAAGACUGGGAUCGUGUCAUUUCCUCCUUUAUCUUAGAGAAUAAAGGUUACCCAAGCAGGGCUGAGCGGUUGUGGAGCAUGGAGAAGAUGAAGACCUACUUCUGCCUCAUCAGGACGCUGCAGCCCACGCUGUCGGACGCAGGCAACCAGGUUCUCCUGCGCUACUACCAGAUGCAGAGGCGGAGCGACGCCCGCAGUGCAGCCCGCACGACCAUCCGUCUGCUGGAGAGCUUGAUCCGCUUGGCAGAAGCUCAUGCCCGCCUGAUGUUCCGCAACACUGUGACUCUGGAGGACGCGGUCACGGUGGUGUCGGUGAUGGAGUGCUCUAUGCAGGGCGGUGCACUGCUAGGAGGGGUAAAUGCCCUGCACACAUCCUUCCCUGAGGACCCACGGGCACAGUACCAGCAGCAGUGUGAACUCAUCCUCAAGAGGCUGGAGCUGCAGAGCCUCCUGAGCGAAGAACUUCAAAGACUAGAGAGGUUGCAGAACCAGGAUGUGCAUCCUUCUCAACUCCAGGCGGCAGAGGUGGAGUCCAUGCCACAGUCCUCCGGAGAUGACCAGGGGGACAAACUGGAGUGGGAGACUUCGACACAGCAGGGGCCAAGCUGUAGCCAGCAUGCCCUGGCACCUGGAGACAGCCCCUGGGGAAGCCCAGCUCUGGAACCCCUGCCUGAUCCAGGGCCCAGUGGGUCCCUGAGAAGAGAUGAUGGCCAGGGCAGUGGUGACCACGUGGCUGCUCAGCAGACAGGACCUAGAAACACUGCUCGGGUGUCUCCUGGCCCCCAGGCAGCUGGGGAAAAUACAGCUUUGGAAAGGUGCACUGACCGGGCCCCUGCACUGCUCCAGGCCCCCUCCACUCUGCAGUGGGCUCCCACACAUGGCCCAGAAGGCCCAUCAGAAACGCCUGCCAGGAAGAGACCCAAGUCCCCUGAGAGCUCUGGGACACCAGGGCCCCCCACAGCCAAACUGGCCAAGUUUACUUUCAAGCAGAAGGCAAAGCUGACCCAUUCCCCCAAGGGUCUUGACUGUGUGUCCCCCGGCCUGGAUGAAGUGGCAGGUCCUGGUCCUGGGGCUCCGCAGCAGGGGUCUAGGAGAGAAGCUGUUGCACCCAUGACAGGUCCUAAACGGUUGGUGUCCACCUCAGCCAGCAAAGACCUCACACAGCCCCACAGUGACACAAAGCAGCUGUCACAGCAGCUGUGCCAGGAAGACAGGUGCAGAGAGAAGCAAGGGUGCGGCCUUCAGCGGGAGCCUGGGAACCAGGCCCGAACCCAGGAGGAGGAGGCCCCCUGCAGCACCAGGGGCAGGAAGGUGCAUGCCGGCACUCUUGCUGCCUUGGCCAGGUUCUCCUUCACACCACCAGAGCCCCAGUCAGUGUCUCCACCCCCUCCCGGAGGGCAGAGCAAGACCCCUGGCAGCUCCGGCCCACCUCACACAACCUCAGUGCCGGUGCUCAGCCAUGGACGGAAGUCCUUCCAGCUGCAGGUCUCUGCCGAGAAACCGAGUCUAUCCAAAAGCUCUCUCUUCACGUUACCAGAACUAGAUGAGGAGCCUUUAGAUUUUGACUGGGAUGAAGAGAUGAGAAGAAAGCCUUGACUGGACAGCAUGAUGGCGCACCCUCGGGAAGGCAGCAGGGCAUCAGCAGGUGGUGGUGGCUAUGCCCUGCAUGUGCCCUCGUGGUGGAGCACCAGUUCGGGGCCUGACACCAGCACUGUGACAAACGAUGCGCUGAUGCUGGGCGGCAUUUUGCAGAUAGAAUCCUGACUUUCCCAGAAAUGUUUCCGCCUUUUCAUCUCUCCUCUCUUCUCUUCUCUUCUCUUCUCUUCUCUUCUCUUCUCUUCUCUUCUC